GGCGGUAAAAAUGGUGCAGAAGUAUCAGUCGCCUGUUCGAGUCUACAAGUACCCCUUUGAGCUUGUCAUGGCGGCUUAUGAAAAACGGUUUCCCACCUGCCCAGAGAUCCCUGUGUUCCUGGGUAGCGAGAUCCUUCAUGAAUCCAGGAGUGAUGAUGGAGCCAUUCAUAUCAUCGAAAGGAGCUGCAAACUAAAUGUAGAUGCCCCCCGGUUACUGAAGAAGAUUGCUGGUGUAGAAUUUGUCUUUUUCAUACAGAAGAACACUGUGAACUGGAAGGAGCGAACUCUCCUCAUUGAAGCUCACAAUGAGACCUUUGCCAACCGUGUUGUUGUUCUUGAGACAUGCAGUUACUCGGUUCACCCAGAGAAUGAGGACUGGACAUGUUUCGAACAGUCUGCAUCCCUGGACAUCAAGUCAUUCUUUGGCUUUGAAAGCACUGUGGAGAAAAUAGCGAUGAAGCAGUAUACGGCCAACAUCAAGCGGGGCAAAGAAGUGAUUGAGCAUUAUUUAAAGGAACUGAUCUCUCAGGGAAUCGCAUUCAUUCCCCGAUGGAUGCCUCCACCUGUGAGCAAGGAGGAGGAGAGGACCCUGACUGUUGGACGUGACCUUGACCUUGCAUCAGAGGAAUCGUGUGCUCAUGGAACUACCAAAGAGCAGACCUGCAGCUCCUGUCUGCCGGUGGAGGCAGCCAGCCCUGAUGCUGACAAACUGGAUGCUGACUACAUUGAGCGGUACCUGGGACAGCUGACUCCAAUGCAGGAAAGCUGUUUGAUCAGACUGCGUCAGUGGCUGCAGGAAACACACAAAGGAAAGAUCCCCAAAGAUGAGCAUAUCCUUCGAUUCCUUAGGGCUCGUGACUUCAACAUUGACAAAGCACGGGAGAUGCUCUGCCAGUCGCUGACCUGGCGCAAACAGUACCAAGUGGACUACAUUCUGCAGACCUGGAGACCUCCGCCCCUUCUGGAGGAGUAUUACACUGGAGGGUGGCAUUACCAGGACAGAGAUGGCCGCCCCCUGUACAUACUUCGCCUUGGGCAGAUGGAUACAAAAGGUUUGGUGAAGGCCCUGGGAGAAGAGUCACUCCUACGACAUGUACUGUCAAUUAAUGAGGAAGGACAAAAGAGGUGUGAGGAGAACACCAACCUUUUUGGCCGCCCUAUCACAUCCUGGACAUGUCUGGUGGAUUUAGAAGGGUUGAACAUGCGCCACCUCUGGCGGCCCGGUGUUAAAGCCCUUCUUAGGAUAAUUGAAGUUGUAGAGGACAAUUACCCUGAGACUCUGGGGAGGCUAUUGAUAGUGCGAGCACCCAGGGUUUUCCCUGUGCUAUGGACUCUGGUUAGUCCCUUUAUCAAUGAGAACACCAGACAGAAGUUCCUCAUUUACAGUGGCAAUAACUACCAGGGUCCUGGAGGGCUUGUAGACUACCUGGACAAAGACGUGAUCCCAGACUUCCUUGGAGGAGAAUGCAUGUGUAAUGUCCCUGAAGGUGGGCUCGUCCCCAAGUCACUUUAUCAAACAGAUGAAGAACCAGAGAACUCUGAUCACAUCCGGUUGUGGACAGAAACCAUCUAUCACUCUGCAUGUGUUCUCAAAGGAGCUCCCCAUGAGAUAGUUGUGGAAAUCUUGGAGGGUGAAUCUGUGAUCACCUGGGACUUUGACAUCUUGAAGGGAGAUGUGGUGUUCAGUCUCUUCCACUCCAAGAGAGUGCCCCAGACCUAUCGCAAAGAAACUACCUUACCAAGUACUUCAGCUGCUGGGGACAAUGUGCAGCUGAUUGAUAAGUCUUGGGUUCUGGGGGUGGAUUACAGCCGUAUGGAAUCUCCGCUGGUUUGUCGGGAAGGAGAGAGCAUCCAGGGAUCUCAUGUGACCCGCUGGCCUGGCUUUUACAUUCUCCAAUGGAAAAUGCAUGGCCCUUUGCCCUGUACUGGCACCAGCCUUCCUCGUGUCGAUGAUGUUCUGGCCUCUCUGCAAGUUUCCAAUCACAAGUGUAAACUCAUGUACUACUAUGAAGUGCUUGCAUCCAAGGAUUUCAGGGGAUCCAUGUCAAGCCUGGAGUCUUGCAACAGUGGCUUCUCCCAGCUCAGUGGAGCUACGACAUCUUCCAACCAAUCUCAGAGUAGUUCCCACGUGUCCAGAUAGCACAUCCUCUGCCUCUGCAGAUUGCUGAGACUUGAUGCUUGGAUUAGUUUGACUCCUCAAGAGCUGGUCUGUUGACCAAAGAACCUGUAAGUGGCCAAGGCUUUUGAAUAGUCAUUCACAAGACCACAAGUGGCUGCAGGUCACAGAGAAGUUUCUGAGAGCUGUUUGAAACCUUUUGUCAGUAAGAGACUGACUUUUAAAUCUGGAAACUGAAUUCCAUAACGGAUGCCUGUUUAUCAAUUUUAGUUUAACAACUCUGUUUUGGGGUGAUUAUCAGUUUGCAUGAAUCUGUGUAUUUCUGAGAUUUCAAGGGCUCUUUCCAAUCAGUCCUAUUUCUACCCAAGGUAGAGGAGACUGAUAUUGCCUUAUCUGUUAUGACCGUAGACUAGAUGAGUCAUGUGUAGCAAAACUAGUCUAGUUUUUCUGGGUGCCUACUGUACUGUUACACAUGACCAGGUAUGGUGGGUACUGGAGGAACAGGGAUUGGAAACAAGCUGUAAAUAUCUUAAUACAGGGCGGUAUGUUUUGGGGACCACCUCCAAGCUAAUCCAAACCUGAGACCUCUCCCAAUGGAGUUGGAUGAUUAUGGAGAUGUUGCUAGGAGAUACCUUUUUUAAAAAUACAGUAAGACCCUAAAAUUGAUACAGUUUCCUGAAAAGCCCAAGCGGAGAACCUGCUUUUCUAGCAGGCAACUUCUUUAAAGAUAGACACUGUCUAUUUUCUCUUUCCUCAGGUUUAAAAGCAAUAAUGAGUAGAUCUCUGACCAUCCCGCACAGUGGGAGGGAAGUGAGUCACACUAAAAGGGCUAAGAAAAGCAAUAUUUUAUUUUGUAAAGGCACAAAGUUUUAGAGCAGCACCACAGGGGUUGCUUCUCAAAACCAUGGGCUAACCUGGAGAAGAGAGGAACUCUUUUGUAAAGUGCGUGUGCAUAUUUAAACACAUAUUUAUUCAAAUUAUAGUCACUUUAAACAUUUUUAACUUAUUUAUAAUUUCAGUAAGGCAUUUAUGUAUGUAUGUAUUUAUUUAUUUAUUUAACCUAAUUAAUUGCCUUUUUAAUGAGCUGAACUUCAGGGUUUUGGGGUUUUUUGCUUAAAAAGAGAACUACUGAUCAUCUUCAAUCCUACAGCUCUUACUCCAUUUCUAACCUCUGUGAUUGCUGGGCAUCUUGAUGUAUAGUGUUGUCUUGAUUGUACAUGUAGCUGACGGUGAGUGAUGUCGUCUCUUCUGCCAUUGGGAGAGGGAGAUGUGAGCAGGGACAAAACUUGUAAGGGGAAAAUGCCUCUUAAAGAUAUGUUGAAAGUAUCAUUCACAGAUGAUCCCUGCAGAUGACGCCACCAAAUGGAUGCAUCACAAAGGGUAAUACCUUUAUAACUCAUGUCAGAGAAAUUAAGUAACAAAAGUGUACCUAUGUUCUUUCCUCGGAUAAUAAGAAAUUAGAAAAAGCACUGUCAAACACCAAGCUCCUGCUGGGUGAUAUUUAAAACUAAUAGACAUACACAAAGUAUUCUUGAGGCAGGAGUUCACUUUCCCCCUCAACCUGCCAGACCAGGUUAGGAGAGAUGGGAUGGAUGGAGGCAGAAACUAGAUCCCUGAUGGUUCUCUGCAUCUAUUUUCUCUUCCCUCUGUCUACUGGUUUCUAAGCAAAAAGUAAAAACAACUUUGAUUGAUAACUGAAUCAUGGUAAAUGAAAAAUCAACUGCAUUUAUGUAGACUGUAUUUUUAAAGAAACCUAACAUAGGAAGUUGAGUACCAACAGGCAUUUUUCAACAGGAGUUUGGGCACUUACCUUCCCUGUAGGCCUUCUUGAAGGUCUUAGCUAUAACUUUUUUUUUACAAUGAAUCCAAGUACCAUUUGGGUUGAUUUAACUGGUAAAGGAAACCAGUAAUCCCCUUCCCAUCCCAGGAAGGUGUAACCCCUUCUAAAUAAGAAAACAUACUGGGGGGAAUUUCCCAGGUAGUUUUUGAUGCUUGUCACUGUCAAUCAGUGAGGAAUUUGCACCUCUGGGAGCUACAAUUUUAAUGGUACUAGUUAACCAGGUCGAUGCUAAGGACAGAAAAUCUUGGCUUUGAUGUGGGAAACCACUGGAAAUCAAAUAGGAGUGUUGAUCAGAGUUGCAUAAAUUACAAUCCUCUUUCUAAAACGGUUCAUCAUCCUAUUUAUUCAGUUUAUCCUAUUAUUAUCCUGUGUAUUGCAGUUUACUCUGUCCUGUUAAGAAUCUUUUCCACUUCACAGGGGAACGGUGUGGCCUGCCCUUCUCUAGCUGGUUAAAAGUUCUAUAUCUCUUAAUUUUUGAUUGAUGAGCCUACAGGAUCUAGUAAAUUUGUGCACAUUUGAAUUCUCUCCUGAGAAAUAGGAGCCGAAGGGUCUGAUCUGUGGCACGUUGGCUGCUGCUGCCUCCUCCACAUGGCGGGAAAGAGAAAUGUAAGAUAUCCAGAAGUCAGCCUUCUGUUCACUGAUGAUCAUGUCUGAUGCUGCACUGUUUAAACUCUGCUGUAUGAAUUGUAGAUGUGGAACAAAGUAAAACUCUUUUAACUUUAACUUACAUUUAAAAAAAAAGACAUUACCCAUGUUGGAAAAUAAGGUGCAUGGUUUUAUAUUUCACAGCAUGUUUUGACUGGAGCGUGAAGUUGAAAGAGAAAUGUUCUGACCUUUGUUCCUAGGUCCCCACCGCUCCCUGUAGAUCCUUUAGGUCAGAAACUUCCAAAGUGGACUCCAGUUUUGGGUGACCAUCUAUUGCUGCUUUGGGGGACCAAGUUUUGAUAGUGCUGAGCACCUUAAGUACCUGAGAUCAAUGAAGGUCUCACUACUCAUCAGUCCUGAGGGAAAUCAGGCUUGGGUAAACAGUUGGGCACUUGGAUAAGGUCAGUAGAUGUAAGUUUGGACCUUAACUUCUUAUUUCAGCUAGUCCAUUUGUAAAAUGUGUCUAAUACCUACCUCAGAGAGCUGUUGUGAGAUGUACUGUUUUAUAAAGGGUUCUGAGAGCCUGAAAGGAAAAAUGCCAUGUAGGGCGAGAACAGUAUUAUUCUGGCUAUAAUGGGGGGAGGAGGGGGAAUAUCUGGUCAUAAGUAGUCAUGUCCAUUUCUGAAAACGUGUCCUAGUUUAGGAUACACCAGAUUUGGCUUUUUAUAUAUAUUAGGAAGAGCAGCAUUAUUAGCUCUGUAAACAGACUGAGAGGGAUUUCAGUCCAACUGGCUGUGACUGGCAGAGCAGUGAAGCAGCAUUCGUAGAUUCUUCCAGUCCAUGUAUCAAGAGAACUGAAAUGUGUUUUCUGGGGCAUACAAUAAAGCACUGUUGUAGUCUCUGCAUCAGGGACAGACUUAAGAGUAAAUGCCCUUUCCUUAUUUAUCCUUUCUAUGCAUUUCUCAAUAUCAGUAUUGUGGAAAGAGCAGGCCUGUUUGCACUAUUACCCUAAGAACUUGCAUACCUCGGUACCUUUCCCUAAAAAAAAUCAGCCUUCCGAAAAUUGGGUUGUGUAUCUUAAGUGGGGAAGCUAAUUUUCUGUGCUGGAAUGGAGGAGGAAUGAAAUGCCCAAGUAAAAGCUACGCUGUUAACACUUUGAUAGCUGCUGUGGAAUUGGCAUUAGUUUUUGGCUGAGCAGCCAGGAGUUGAGAGGGUUAACACUGUCACUGUUGCCAAUGCAGUGCCAGGCAGGGUUCAGCUGUGUAGUUGGGAUCCCCUGCAGUCAGAAUUCAGCCCCGGCUCUGCCAAAAUCAUCUCCCCUUCAUUUUGCCUUCCCCAAACACAGUGCAUUUGGGGGCAUAUGACAUGCAGGGAAAUACAGUGCAUGGUUUGCCUGGGAAAAUUCAGAGAUUCAGAUCUCUUUUGUCUUAUUAGUGUUCACUGAAUAAUUUUCAAACUCUGGCAUGUUAGCUUGAACCAUUCAUUAUGUGUGUUGCUUCAGACCACACGUGCUGCAUCUACUCCCUAGUUAGGUAACUACAGGAAGAAUUUUCUGCCUACCAUUCAUUCUAAGGUUCAUGAAAUUUUGGAAUUUCUCACCACCCAGGGAUUGUUUAAAUAAUGGCUAAGGCCCCAGAACCAAUAGCAAGCCUCACUUGGGGUUGGAGCUGGAAAUAAACUAAUGGACCUUGGGCAGCUCUGUAAAAUUGGUAGCUCAAAUAUGCAGCCACACAAUAUCAAGACCAAGCCCUGGAGGGAAAGGAUUUGUCAAGCUGCUUCUCUGUUUCAGAGUAAUUUCUGGAAAUGUUUGACCUUUUGGCCUGUUAAUUCCAGGAAAAAUGAAUGUAGGACCAACACUGAUUUGACAAUAUGUAGUGGGUAAAUGGUUUAUAAGUAUUUUGUAAUUGAGUUCUCCCUUACCGACCAGUCUGAACCCAGACCUUUCAUAUAACAUUUCAGGCCUCUUUCCCUUUAAAAUGCCUUGGAGAUUUUGUUCCUCUGUUUAAAGAAGUUUUCACUCUGGAAGCAACAGGAUAGUGUCCUGUAUGUCAGCUUUCCCAUUCCCACUCCCUCCCUCAAUCAUUGCUCAGCUCUCUUGUGAAGGACCUAAGGAAGCCACCAAAAGGAAUACAGUGAAAAUAAUUUCUUUGUGAUCUGUCAGUCCUUUUCCUUUCACACUCUCUACAGCAGAGCAAACCAUGUCUGUUGCUCUUGCUAACCUGGAAUUUGAAGUUCCUUAGGUUCUACUGGACUGCAUGUUGAUGGGUGUAGUAUGGUGACCAUAUUUGUAAGGAAAUCCGGGACACUGUUUCAAGUGAAGGUGGAGCAGCAUGGUAUGCCAGUUAGGUGGAUGGGCAGACACUGCUGCUGCUGUGUGAAAGCAAGACAGGUGGAACAGAGCAGUGCCCAGCCAGCCCCUGCCUCCAGCCAUUGCUCAGCAGGUGGGCCAAGCACAUGCAGGUGGCGUGACACCUGCUCCAGUCCACCCACCUUGCUCCUGCACAGCAGCAGUGGUGCUUGCCCACCUGCCUGGUGCACCUGCUGGACUGUGCCCCAUGCCCCUGUCCACCUGCCUCUGCCUGUGGCAGCACUGCUGACAUGGGGAAAUCGUUGGGGGGACACCACUUUCCCUAAGAUGAGCUCUGCUGCCGCACACUCGUGUGCAGCAGAGUUGGUAGAGAAAGACGAGAUGAUGUUAGCUGGACAAUUCUGGGACUUCUGUUUCUAUUUUUGCCAACUGGCCAAGAUACCAGGACAGCCUGCAAAAUCCAGGACUCUUCUGGCCAAAUUGGGACACAGACAGCAUAUAAGAGGAUUAAGCCAGUAUUAGCCUCUGAAGAUAGGGCAGGGCAUGUUUUGUUUUCUGUUAACUUGAUCUCUUCCGAUCACUUGAACAGGGUGAUGGUACUAGACUGGAUGAAGCUAAUGGACUUACAUCAUUUGAACAGCUUUUCUGUUGCACUUAAAAGCACAGGUGUCAAUUUUAAUCAGUGGCCAUUUGUUUUAAGAAGGGCUGGUCAUGUCCUGUCAUGUGGACUUGCUCACAUAUAUGACUUUGCUGCCAACCUGCAAAGUAAUUUUAAACUGGUCAUCUUCAUUGCAUUUAAAAGUGGUAGGUGGGAAAUGGGCCUGAGCCUGCUUGUCCUGUCUACUAAACUCAGGUGCUAUGUUCUCACCAUGUGUUGACGUACCUGCAGCAGGAAGGUCACAGCGGUCCCUUCUUUCAAAAAAAAGCAUUUAAUUUCCUCCGAGUCCUUGUGCUAACAGUUUCUAAGCUGGGAGCGAUUAAUUGCAAAAAAUGUAGAUAUUAAACUCUCUUCAAUGUUUAAAACUGAAAGACUAUCUGAAGAGUGCUGCUGCUGCUGGUUUUGUUCUCCCAGAAUGAAUUUGUGAAAGUUCUUAUAACCGUCCAUAGAGCAGGUUAACUGUCAGCACUGACACAGGCCGAAGUGGUGUCAUGACAGUGAAUCUGCUUGAACGGCUUUGUAACAUUUACUUUCACAGUUUGUCUGGAGAGAGUAAAUGGGCAUUAUUAGUUAGCAAACAAAGGUACUACCUUUCCCACUCACCUGGGAACCUUCUUUACUUUUUUUUUUUUAAUAAAAGGUUAAAUUUUUGUCAAGGAGAAAAAUCUUGUUUUGGGACCUCAGAGCACACUAAUAAAAUGCAUGGUGCUUUAUGACAGGUUACUGGGCAGGAAAUCCGAUGCUAAAGGUACAUUUAGUUAUGGAAAUUGUAAACUGGAGUUACAAGCUGUACAUUUCUGCUCUCCAUAUUUCUGUAACUUUCAAAUAAAGCCAUCUCAAAAGAA